CGUAAACAUGAAAUUGUCUGCGACACAUCCUCUGAUGCUCUUUUUAAUAGGUAUCAUCUUUGUAAAACGAACAUCUUUAACUUUGGUGAAAACAGUGAACAGUGGAACUACUGUCUCUUUUCUGUGUCCAAACAUCUUGACAGAGCCCAGUUACAUAGCCUGGUUCAAGCAGAUAAAUGGAUCUCUACCAGUUUGUGUUGUUACUCAAUAUGUGAGCAAAAUUCAAGCGGACUCCAUAUAUUUGAAUGGCUUUAAGAAGGAACAUAUAGAGAUGUCAGUGAACAAAACAUUUUCCUCCCUGAAGAUUGACAAUGUGGACGUCUCUGACUCUGGAUUUUAUUACUGUGGAAGUUUUUUGACAAACUACAUGAAGUUUCACAACAAAACACAGUUAGUGGUAGUAAAUGAGACUAAUCAGUUGAAAGAGGAUAUCACAAAUGCAGAUUGUGGGGCGACUGAAGAAACAUCAAGAUCCUGCCACAUCUAUUAUACACUGAUACUGAUCUUGAGUGGCUUGGUUUUGCUUCCCACUGUUUUUGCGAUUGUAGUCUUAAUCAGGUUGAAGAAAAGUAAUAAGCAGAGACAAGAUGCUCAGCGCCAUGGUCACAAUAAAGAGAUGAACAAACAUUUGCAGCAAAAGGAACAAGAUGAAGACCUGAACUAUGCAGCUCUAAGUUUAGACAAAAAGAAGAGUAGAAGACCAGUAAGAGGCAUGAGGGAGGUGGAACCAAAUGUUAUUUAUGCUGCCACCCGCUGAUCCACAGAUUAUCAGUGUCACAAAACACAAGUGAAACUCAGCCUGUGUUAAUUUCACUUACUGUGUGUGUAGCUAGUUGUGCUGUUGACUGCUGUUGUUAUUUAAUGCUAUUUUAUGUACAGUACUUUGGUCCACAAAUAGUUUUGUAAGUGCUUUAUAAAUAAAAUUUGAGUUGAGAGCCGUCGCUAUGCCACACCACCCUACCACACACACCGCUGCCCCUGCCCCUGCACCAAACACACGCACACACACACGCACACACGCACACCAGGGCCCUAGUGUCUUUUUGAUCUUUGUGUAAAUCAUUUAUUAUUUUGUCUUUUAGAUUGUCAACAUCUGUUAUGUGAAAAAUGUAUUCAGGACAAUACUAAAUAAAAAAUAACAUGCAAUUUUUAUAUAUUCUGUAAGGGGUAUGUAAACUUAUGAGCAGAACUGUCCCUAAUAUAGUGUGAUCACUCAGUAACUGAAUGGUGGGUCAAAUUGUGUUUGCAUAAAUAAGUACCCCUUCCUUUUUUAUUUAUCAGGUCAUCUUUUGUGUUAAAUAUACUGAAGAUAUAUAAAUACUU